GACGUUUGGCAGUUUGAAAUGUAUAAUGUCAAGUUACCAAAUUAUUAUAUUUUAAUUUAGGAUAUGAACCAUUUCCAGUCUAAAUAUAAAGUGCUCGAAAAAAUAGGGGAGGGAUCAUUUUCCGACGUACUGAAAUGCGAAAACAGAAUAACGAAAAUCUGUUACGCGGCAAAGAGACUGAAGAACACUUACAAAUCCGAAUCGAAUAUAAAAACAUGCGCAGAAUUAGUGGCGGCGCAAAAGAUACCGAGUCAUCCGAAUAUAGUAAAUAUGUUGGAAUACCAUUACGACACGUUUACCGGUAAGGUGACGUUCAUUUUCGAAUUGAUGGAUAUGAGUAUGUACGAUUAUUUGAAAAGCAAAAGGAGAGGUUUAUCCGAAGCACGCGUCAAAUCUUAUUUGUAUCAAAUGUUAAAAGGAUUAGAACAUUUACAUAAAAACGGACUUUUUCAUCGAGAUAUAAAACCGGAAAACGUCCUAAUCAAAUUUCCUUCGAUACUAUACGCUCCGCUAUCCCAAACUAGCUGCGAGGAAAUAAUCAAAUUAGGCGACCUCGGUUCCGUCAGAGGUAUAUUCAGUUCUCCCCCUUACACCGAAUAUAUAUCGACAAGAUGGUACAGAUCCCCGGAAUGUCUCCUAACUGUGGGUAAUUACGGUCCUAAAAUGGACGUAUGGGCAACCGGAUGCGUUUUUUACGAAAUGCUAACAUUAAGACCUCUAUUUCCUGGUAGUAACGAAAUUGAUCAAUUGUAUAAAAUACACAACGUACUAGGUUCACCUAAUACGCAACUUUUAACACGAUUAAAAUCUCGAUCGAGAAACUUCAUCUCUUUUCCAAAAGUAAAAGGCACGGGAUUUUAUAAAUUGCUUCCAUAUAUAACCAGAAACGGUAGGAAUAUCUUGAGUUUAAUGGUGGAAUACGAUUGGGAUAAGCGCAUAAACGUCAAAAGACUUUUAAGACAUUGUUACUUCGACGACGUUAGAGAAACUUUCGUUAAAAAUAACAUAUGGAACGAAACAAUAGGAGACGUGUCUCCUUCCAAAGAAAAAUUAAUAAAAAAGAAUCAACUAAAACGGGAACAUUACAGCGAAGAAAUUCGAGUUAGUUCGAAUCAAUUGUACAUCGAAGAACCUCCAAAAAUGAAAAAAAGUCCGAUGAGUCAACGAUCGAAAAACAGCAGCAAAAGUUCCGAUAGCAGCGACGUCAACGACAUACCUUUUUACAACAAAAAACAAUGCCAAACGAAUCAUUUAGAUUACAGAAUAACCUCACUACCUUUGGUCAAUUACAAAAUGAUAAGAACGUCAGAAAGUAAAAUUCCUAUUGCGAAAAAAAGAUAUAGAGGUGAAGCCGGAAGGUAUUUGAAAACUAGCAAUAAUCUAAAUCAUAUUAAGAAGCACGACGUUACCGACAUCUAUCAGAAACAAUUCGAAUCGAGAUCGUUUUAUAUACCGAGACGUCACGAUUUCAGGCAAACGGACGAAGAACAAAGAAAAUUUAAACGAUUGUAUUGCGUUAGAAAUAAUACUUGACAUCGGGUUAAGAAUUAAAAAUGUUUUUUUGGGAAACAAUAAAAUAAUUCGAAAACAAA